UUUCUCUUGACAACAAGGACGCCAUUAACAGGUGCGAGAACAUAAGAUGCCACCAAAGAAAAAGGGUAAGGGAAAGAAAGGAAAGAAGGGUAAAAAGGGAAAGAAGGGUGGAAAGGGAGGCGAAGAAGGUGGUGCUGAUGGAGAUGCAGGUGCUGAACCAUCUCAAAAAGAAACACUUCUACAACAAGAGUUGGAAAAGGUGACCAAAGAGCUUGAGAAUGCAAAGAGCAAUGUCGAAGAUCUACGAAAGGAGAAUGAGUGGCUGCAACAAGAAGCUCAAAAAGUGAGGGUGGAAAGUCAUGAGUACAUGAGUUACAUGGAAAAGAAGACGACAAAACGUCAGACUACCAUCAUUACCCUUAGUGACCAUAAUAAACAAGAGAUUAGAAAUAUUCAACUACAGAGAGAAAUCAUGGAUGAAGAGUACAAUGAUAAAGAAAAAGAAUUACCUUGUUCUAUACUUGUGGCAAAGAAUUUACAAACAGAGCAGUUGAACAGGAUAAAAGAUCUCGAGAAAGAGGUGAUGAAAUUACGUUCCAAACAUUCAGAGACAAUACAGCAACUUAAAGCCCAAUUUUUACGAGACAAGAGAGAAUAUCAGCAUGAUUCCGAGAGUAAAAUAUCCACUUUACAGAGGAAAGCCAACAAGGAAGCAAUAAUGUGCCUUACCGACCAUACAAAUAAAAUAAAGCUUGAAAAUAGACAAUUAAGAAAAGAGCUUUUAGAGCUUAUAAGAAAAACUCGAGCUUUGCAGGAGCAUAAACUUGAGCUUGAGGAUCAGAGACGUCAGUUGAUACGCGAGCAACAAUAUACCGGAGACUUAAAAAAGCUGAGAACAACACGGCAACAUAAAGUUUUUAAAUCGUUCGGACUCCUUGGCGAGGGGGAGGGUGACCAAGAAGACGGGGAUGACAUUAAAUCAACUGUUAGUUCAAAUAACUGAUAUACUCGGUGGCGUUGUGUUUUUUUCACCAUCUUUAAUUUAAGAAUGCUAUUAAUGAUAUUAUUUAAGAUUGUUAAACAAUAAAAUGUAAUGCAAGUCCUUUGUUUUUUGAGCAGUUUUUAACACAAUCAAAACAAUAGUGAGUAUCCAAUAAGCAUUGAUUGAGGGAUUCAAGUAAUUAUUUUAAAACAUUAUUUCUAGUCACAUUGAAAUAUUUAAGAAACUAGAAAAUCUUUUAUUAUGUAGUCAAAAACGAAUUCUGGUAUAUAUGAUAUGUGAAAGGUUCAGAGUUUUGUUUUUAGUAAGCUCAGAUAAGGUUCUUCUUUGUACAUAACAUAACCCUUAAAUGAUCAUUACAAAUGCUCAAAUAUCAAUUUUCUUUAAUUCUUGAAAUGUUGUAUUUUUCAAGUUGUCAAAAAAAAAUGAUGCAAUAGUUCCACCUUUAUAGCCUUAAGAUAGCCAGGGAAAUAAAUUUUCAUUUUUUGUAUAAAUCACAAAUUAAAAAAACAAAAAACAAAAAAAACACUUGAAUUGCUCAGUUCGACUGCAGCAUUGAGAUUUAAUGCUCGACAGGAAUAAAAUUGUUUUGAAAUAGGUGAAUAAUAGUGUGACAUUAUGAAAUUGAUCAUAACCAUUUCAUUUUAAUAUUCUUUCCAUUACUAUACUUUUUUUAAAGCUCUAAUUGUCUGCUAAUAAAAGAGAGUUUUUUUAAUAAAUUUUUCUAUAUGUUGGCUUUUACCAAAGUUAGCGAAAACAUUUUUCAGUCAGUGUCAAUUUAGAGAUAUAGCCUAAUGGACAGAAAUUAUUAUAUAUACAUGUAUAAAGAAAAACAUAGCUUUUUUUUUCAACAUUAUAAUGUUUUUAUUCCAUGUCAGAUGACUAUAUUAAAUUAAAAUAGAAUAUGAAAGUUGCAUUUAAUUUUACUUUCUGUACACUGACGCUGUGAUUCACAUAUUUUGUAUUGUAUUGUUACUGUGAUUGAAUCAUAUUUGUCUUGAAAAUAAAAAAAAAAUAUUUUAUCAAUCAUU